CAUUCAUUUUGUGCCACCCUCACUGUUUCAGCUCAGUGAAGCCUGUGGAGGCCGGAGGAGAGAAGCCUUUGCCGGCUCCACGUUUAAAGAAAAGACAGCACAGUUUGACCCUGCCCACCGAGGAUCGGGCACCGCCCGAUGGAGCAGGGGUCGCCUCCACAGGAACUCCUGAUACGACGGGCACAUCCAAGGUGUCAGCGCCACGGCCGGACGCCGUCAACCGGGGUUCAGAGCCCAGCCGCAAGGUGGAAGGGUCAAUCUCAACCGCCCAUGGGCAGGAUGGCACAGCUGGCAAUAGAAGGUCCACUCCCGAGGACUCCACAGCCAAUCAGAACGAAGGCAAAACCAAGCGGAAGGCCCCGCCCCCACCGAUAGUGCUCAACAGCAACGCGCAAAUGGCGGAAUCCAACGUGGGAGCCCGGGACUCCCAGGAAACAGCAGCAGGACCUGCUUUACAGAGCCCGGUCCAGAGUCUGGCCAAUGCCAGCCGCUCCCUGCUGGACUGGUGCAGGGCAGUAACGCAGGAUUACCAGCGGCUGAAGAUCACCAAUUUCACCACCUCCUGGAGGAACGGCCUUGCCUUCUGCGCCAUCCUGCACCACUUCCACCCGGAACUCAUAGAUUACUCCUCGCUGGACCCUCACGAUAUCAAGACCAACAACAAGAAGGCCUUCGACGGCUUCGCUAGCCUCGGCAUCUCCCGGCUCCUGGAGCCGGCGGACAUGGUGCUCCUCGCCAUUCCCGACAAGCUCAUCGUCAUGACCUACCUGUGCCAGAUCCGGGCCCACUUCACCGGGCAGGAGCUCAACGUGGUGCACAUCGAGGAGAACAGCAGCGAGAGCACCUACAAGGUAGGCAACUUUGACUCGGACUCGCACAGCUCCCUGGACCCCGUCCAGUUUUACUCGGAGAGAAUGGAGGCACAACUGUCAGCCCCGGUACCACAGAGGCCUGGCAGGCCUAAGAAGGAGGCCCUGAAGAGGGCCAGCAAAGGCUUGGCCAGCGGCAGCGAGGACCUAGAAUCCCCCAGGCCCAGUAUGGGCUCCCCCGCGGCGGUUACCUCCGGUUACCAACCCCAGGCUUCGGUCGCCAUGCUAGGCCCCCAAGCUACAGAGGCCAGGCCGGCCACAGGGGCGGGGCCCCCGGCUCCGGGUCGUGCUCCCUUGACACCGGCCGACGCACUCGAGGGUCCCGCGACGUCCGGGGAUGCCCCGGCCUUGGAGGGCCAGGCAGGUGCCCAGGGGGCGCCUGUGCCCAUGACUCGCAAGAAGCACCGGGGUGCGGCCAUGGCAGAGGUGGAGGGGGGACCCACGGGGCCGCCAGCCUCGGAGGAUCAUGGGAAGAACGGCCAAGUGGUCAUCACCGAGGAUGUUGGGACACCCGUGGGGUCAAGAGCCUCAGAGGACCAUGGGAAGAGUGGCCAACUGGUUAUUACAGAGGAUGAUGACAUACCCAUGAGGGCAAGAGCCUCAGAGGAUUAUGGGAAGAGUAACCACCUGGUCAUUACAGAGGAUGAUGGAAUAUCGAUGGGGGCAAGCACCUUGGAGGACCAUGGGAAGACUAGCCAACUGGUCAUUACAGAGGAUGAUGGGAUAUCCAUGGGGGCAUGCACCAAGGACCAUGGGAAGAGUAGCCCACUGGUCAUUACUGAGGAUAAUAGUUUACCCACGGAAACAAGACCUUCAGAGCACCAUUUGGAAAGUGGCCAACUGGUCAUCACAGAGGAUGAUGAAAUACCCAAGGGGGUGAGAGUCUUGGAGGACCAUGGGAAGGGAGGCCAACUGGUCAUUAGAGAGGAUGAUGGAGCACCCAUUGGGACACCAGUGUUGGAUGAUCUUGCAAAGGCCAAAGAGCCUUGCUCUGCUGAGGAUACGGGGUCGUUGGCAACCCCAGAGCUCCGGGAGAAGUCUGGGGCUCUGCCUAUCACAGUCGGCGAUGAGGAACUGCCUGACCCCGAGGCUGAUGGGAGGACGGCUGCCCAGGGGUAUGAUGGGAAGGCCCUGGAGCAGGCCGGUGUGGGGCUGGGCAGCAAACUACAGGAGCAGACGGCGGCAGUGACCAAUGAGGAGCUGGAAGCGGAGAGAUUGGGCGAUGGGAACGCCGUGGAAUUGUCCCACAGGGAAGAUGCCCCAGCGUCAGCCUUGGCCAAAUCAGAGGACGGAGCAAGGCCCGAAGUGGCGACUCUCCCCGAGGACGGAGCUGAGGGCCCAAAACCUGGCACCACGACGCCUCCUGUCGCCGAAGAGUCUGGGAUGAGAGCCGGCCCCGGGGAGCAGGAGACCUCACGGGAGGCUCCUCAGCAGAUGGGAAGGGCGGCAGAAGUGGACAGGAUGGACCAGGCGAGGCCGGGGGAGCCCAGCGGCGGAACCUCACCCCCAGGAGGAGGGCACGGGGGUGGCCGGCCGGAACGGAUGCAGCGCUCCCUGUCGUCGGAGAGCAGGUCCCCAGGAAGGACGGGCAAGUCCGGCUUCUCCCACAUCCGGGACGCCGACCUGGUCAGGAAGAGGCGCUCCCGGAGGCGCAGUGACUCUGUGGAGGAGACUGAUGCCACUCACUGCCAGACCGACGUGGUGAGCAGCGGGUCAAGGCCGGAGGUGGAUGUCACUGAAGUCCAGGUGGAAAUCUGCUCCGAGUCUCACCCCAGGGUGACUUCGCCCCAUCAGGCUGGAGUCCAACAUGGCGCUGACCAUCGCCCAGAGAUGAGGAGGCAGAGGUCGCUCCAGGAGGACAGAGCCCAGGAGAAAGAGAAUGUGCCGGAAAAAAAGACUGAGGAAGACAACCCGGUAUGUGCCGCCUCCGUCCCCACUCCGGAAGGCAAAGACACGCGCUUAUUUUAAAUAUGUCACACUACC